AUGACGAAGCGCACCCUCGAGCUUGUCGUGCCCGUGGCUCCCCAGCAUCGUCUGGACGAGGCGGCCGUGCUCACCUACCUCAAGCAGCACGUCAAGAACGUGCCGGCGAAUGCCGAAGUGCUGAAGAUUUCGCAGUUUGGCCACGGGCAGUCGAACCCCACGUACCUGCUGGAAGUGCCGUCCGCUCAAGGCUCCCAGCCCGCCAGAUUCGUGCUAAGGAAGAAACCGCCUGGUCACCUGCUCAAGUCCGCUCAUGCCGUGGAGCGAGAAUUCCAGGUGCUGGCAGCGCUGGGCUCACCUGCUGCAGGAGCAGCGGUGCCCGUACCGGCAGUGCACGCCCUCUGCACCGACCCCUCCGUUAUAGGCACACCCUUUUACAUCAUGGACUUCGUCCCUGGCCGCAUCUUCACCGACCCUUGCCUCCCUGAUCUACCACCUGCCGCCCGGACUCAGAUCUACACCGCUAUGGCCGGCACCCUUGCCGCCCUGCACUCUGCCCGCCUUCCCCAGCUGCAAAAAGAUGGGUUCGGCCGCCCGGACAGCUACUGCCGGCGGCAGGUGGAGCGGUGGGCUAAGCAAUACGAGGCGUCAGUGAAAUCCAUUGGAGAAGAAUUCAGGGAGGAGGAUGUGAAGAUGAGGGGGCUUAUUGCGUGGCUGAGGGCGAAUGUGCCCACAGAGGAUGCAGCAGGGGAGGGGGUAAUGCGAGGGGUCGUGCAUGGGGACUUUCGGCUCGAUAACCUCGUGUUUCACCCCACGGAGCCGCGAGUGGUGGCUGUGCUGGACUGGGAGCUCUCCACCCUGGGGAACCAGAUGUCUGACGUUGCGUACUGCUGUUUGCCAUACCACCUGCCGCCAUCCCAGCCAGGAGCCAUGCUGCCAUCUCUCGGCAUCACCCAGCUGCCCAGUGGACCUCCAGCAGGAUCGCUGCCUGCUGGCAUUCCCUCAGAGGCGCAGUUCGUGCGCGCCUACUGCCACGAGAUACAGCGCCUGCAGGGCGUCAGCCUAUGGCCCGGUGACACCUGGCGCUUCUACGUGGCCCUCUCGCUUUUCCGCGGUGCUGCUAUCUUCACCGGCAUCUACCAACGCGCGCUGCAGGGCAAUGCGUCGUCUAGCAGGGCAGGGCAGGCAGGCCGUCAGGUGGCCGGCCUGAUAGCAUGCGCCCUCCACGUGGUGCACUCGCCCCUCUCCAUCCCCUUCCUACCACCACCACCACCACCACCUCAACACACGGGAACACAUGCAUCAGCAGCAGCAGGGGGUUGGGAUGGAUCCAGUGCGGUUCCAGCAUCGCUGUCCCAUCCAGUGGGGCUGGCUCCCAGCCCGCGAGCCGAGGCACUGAGGAGGCGAGUGGCGGAGUUUGUAACGCAAGAGGUGCUGCCUAUAGAGGGGAUAUUGGAGGAACAUGCAGUGGGGGAUGCACGGUGGACGAUUCACCCCCUGGUGGAGCAACUGAAGGGGAAGGCCAAGCAGGCUGGGCUGUGGAACCUGUGGAUUCCUGCUCUGAGCCGCGGUCUGCUGGGGGCAGGUCUGUCGAAUCUGGACUAUGCACACGUGUGCAAGGAGAUGGGCAAGAGUGUGUGGGCGCCUGAGCUCUUCAACUGCUCUGCUCCCGACACAGGCAACAUGGAGGUGGUUCUGCUGCUGGGGGCGGGGCUGUCGAAUCUGGACUAUGCGCACGUGUGCAAGGAGAUGGGCAAGAGCGUGUGGGCGCCUGAGCUCUUCAACUGCUCUGCCCCCGACACAGGCAACAUGGAGCAAGUCUGCUCUGCUGGAGGGGAAGAUCCGCUCAUGACGGAGCCGAGAGUGGCGUCCAGUGAUGCCACCAACAUUGAGGCGCGGAUAGAGAGUGCGGGGGAGCAUUACAUCUUACACGGUCACAAGUGGUGGGCCAGUGGGGCCAGCGACCCGCGCUGCCAGCUCGCCAUCUACAUGGGCAAACACCCCGAGCGGGCCGCUCCCUCCGGGCCCCACUCCGCGGCCGCACACAGGCAGCAGUCCAUGCUGCUCGUGCCCAUGAAUGCCCCUGGGGUGACGGUGGUGCGGCCGCUGCUGGUGUUUGGGUAUGAUGAUGCCCCGCAUGGGCACUCCGAGGUGCUGUUUGAGGGGGUUCGAGUGCCCAAGAAGAAUGUUUUACUAGGAGAGGGACGAGGCUUCGAGAUAGCCCAGGGCCGGUUGGGCCCAGGGCGGCUGCACCACUGCAUGCGACUGAUAGGAGCCACAGAGCGGUCCAUGGACUGCAUGCUCCAGCAUGCUCUCUCUCCUAGCCAGUCAAUACCUUUGUCGACCCCCCCCUUCUCCUUCAUGUGCCACCAGGGUCGGUUGGGUCCGGGGCGGCUGCACCACUGCAUGAGGCUGAUUGGAGCCACAGAGCGAGCCAUGGACUGCAUGCUCCAGCGGGCUCUCUCCCGGGUGGCGUUUGGGCGGCCGCUGGGCGGCAACGAGUCGGUGGUGCGGGAUACUGCCGAAUGCCGCAUCACCCUUGAGGCCGCGCGGCUGCUGGUGCUGCAGGCGGCUGCUGAGUUGGAUGCCAAGGGGAACAAGGAGGCGCGGAUUGCUAUUGCCAUGGCUAAGGUGGCUGCCCCCCGGGCAGCUCAAAAAGUUUUGGACAGGGCGAUCCAGGUGCACGGGGGUGGAGGAGUGAGCUCGGACUUCCCUCUUGCCCGCCUGUGGACGGCAGCCCGCACUCUGCGCAUCGCUGACGGUCCAGAUGAGGUGCACCUGGCUUCCAUUGGGAAGAAGGAGCUGCGACAUUGGCAGAAGAGGAUGAUGGGGGGUGGGAGCAGUGGCAGCUCGGGUAAAAGUGGAGCCUCAGCCCGCUUGUAG